AUGGAAUACUUCAACUUUGAAGAGGCAUCCUACGCCUCGAACAAUGUGCAGGACGACGUUGCAUCGGAUAGUCAAGAGGUCGACGAAGGAGAAGCCGUCGAGAACUACGAGUCGCUAUUCUUCGAUAAGAACUUUCAGCUGCAUCCCGACUCGGGGCUGACAGCUGAUGAGGAGCUUGAUAACCUGCAUGAUCAGGGACCGGACCCCCAGCUCCGGACCAUCUCUCCAGACGUUCCCGAGCCGACUCCUGGCUCUCAGUAUCCCAUGUUUCGAUCUCCGCAGCCCUGUGAUUUCUGUCGACAAAUGGGUUUCGAUUGCUUCCUCAUUCAACGAGGCAUAUUAGCUGCUGGGUGUACCUGUUGCGUCUCGCUUUACCGACAGUGUAGUUUUACUCAUGCAAAAACUCCUGGCAAGUUUCUACACACUCUGCAUCCAGUGGGCGAAGACGACGUCACAUCUACCGGCGGGCUCACUGGAAGACGGGCCUUGAAAUCUGUAGGAUCAACUAAAUUCGAUCAUCUUGAAUCCCGUGGCCGCAAAAGUGGUGCUCGUUUCUCCCGCGACGCUGUUAGAAUCUUGAAGAAUUGGCUCUCAGAGCACUACCAACACCCCUACCCCAACGAGACAGAGAAAGACGCCCUGAAAGAACGCACUGGUUUGAAAAGAAGUCAGAUUGCGAAUUGGCUCGCCAAUGCUCGUCGUCGAGGCAAAGUCUUACCAUCCGCACGUGAUACUUCGCCUACUCCAGGUGCCCUUGAUAUCCCGGGAACCACACGUGCAUCGUCUGCAUCGUCGACGACAUCGAACUCUUCAUCAUCCACUCUUGAAUAUGCGCUGAUGACACCUUUGGAGCGAUGGAAGCACUCUCCUCCUGAACACGAAGCUGCCUCAACUAGUGCCAUUAUUCGAGCUAUGGCCAGUGCCUCUCUCCCGCCUCCUUCACCGUCCCAUGUGCAGCAGCAGCAGCAACAGCAACAACAACAGGUGCACUAUCCUCCUACAAUGUCUGGAACCGGCCGGUCUAUUUCCCGGAAGACGGGUUCCAGCAAUGACUCUGGCUCGCUAUUCCAAGCACCAUCCGUAAGUAGUUAUGAAACGGAGAACAAGUCAUCAAUCUCGGACUACUCUUUUGCAUCUGCAUUUUCACAUCGUUCCUCUCAACAUUCUCUCAAUUCCGCAGAUCGCAAAGAACGACGUCGGCGCCGUAAGCAGAUGCCACCAGUUCCGGCUUUUGACCGACAACCUGUUCGUGGAGCUCGGAUAUUUCAGUGUACAUUCUGCACUGAUUCGUUCCCCGCGAAAUAUGACUGGCAACGGCAUGAGAAGUCAGUACACUUGGCUCUCGAGAAAUGGACCUGCGCACCGCACGGCGGAGUGAUUACUACCUCCGACGGGAAGAAAGCAUGUGCCUUUUGUAGAGCUCCGAACCCUACCGAAGACCAUCUAGAAACCCACAACUACUUGGCUUGUCAAGAAAAAACAGUCCAAGAACGAACCUUUUAUCGCAAGGAUCAUCUGAAUCAGCAUUUGCGAUUGAUGCACGAUGUCAAAUACGACUCCUCAAUGGAUCAAUGGCGCAGCACAACAAACGAGAUCAAAUCGCGAUGUGGCUUAUGCGAUACGAACUUCACCACCUGGAAAGAGCGUGUGGAUCACAUAGCACAGCAUUUCAAGAACGGAGCAGACAUGUCAAAAUGGAAGGGGGACUGGGGUUUCGAGCCAUAUGUUCAGCGACUUGUCGAGAAUGGUAUACCCCCAUAUCUCAUUGCAAGUGAGCGUGCAAAUCUCAACCAGGAGAGAGUGCGCGGAGCAAAAAAGGUCACCGGCUCUUUAGCGGGCUCUUCGUCGGUGUCUCUACCAGUACCUACAGAUGAGACGUCUUUCACACGGCUCGAAAGUGAGCUAAAGGCAUACAUAGGCGGUCAAUUGCUGGAUGGUAGCACGCCGACUGAUAAAGAGAUUCAAGACCAAGCUCGUUUCAUUGUAUACAACAGUAAUGACCCGUGGAACCAAACAUGUGCCGACAAUGUGGUCUGGCUGAGCGUGCUAAAGCGAGAUUGCGGUAUGGAAGACCUACCUGGAUUGGAGAACACCAACCUGGAGGAUCUAGAGAUGCAACCCCCUUUCGCAGGUCGCAUGCAACACACUCCUCUCGAGACAAACGCCUUGGUCGCUGGAAGCGUGCGUCACUCAUGGUUCAGCAAUGCCAGCCUUGGGAGCGCCGCAGUUUCAUCAGGACUGCAAAGUCCAGCCUACAUGCCGAGCACUGGCCUCCUCUCAGCUGCUCCCAGCAUGCCUGGCAGUCUCGCAGGGAGCUUUUCUGGCAGCAUCGGCGUAUCAUCUGCCGGUCCUUCGUCAUCUGUUAUACCUGGUCUCUCGAGCGGAUGGAGCAGCAACUUCUCCGUCGGUGAGCGAUCAACAUCCGACUGGGCCGGAUCUUCUGCCUUUGCGGAUCCAAUGGCCCAAUCGAACUUUGACCUUGAUCUCUUGCAGCAAUUGAACGACACGGAGCCUCAAAGCAUGAAUAUCGAUGCUUCUGUGUUUGGUAUGGAGGGACUCACCUCUCAAUCUGAAUUGAUACCCUCUUUAGCAACAGCUGCUACCAAAAGUCCACAAUCAUUUGACCCGACAAUGAUGACUACAUCCGAGACUCAACCCAUCUCCAUCCCCACUACUGCUGCUGCUGCGGAUAUGAUGCACUCAUAUUUUGAUCCAGCAUUUUCUUCGCAACCUGGCUAUAAAUGA